GCAGCGGCAGUAAGCAGUGAACAGGUGAUAAGAGACAUGUGAGUCUGUCACACACCUGCUUCGAACGCUCGCGGAUGAGCGCAACAAGUGUUUUAUCAUCUCAGUUUUUAUUUUGUUAUUUUAAGUGCUGAAGAUGUCUACUUUCUGUGGAGUGUCGGACACUUUUCACCUCGCUUUUUGAAUCAGAACGUCAUGUGGUUUUAAAUGAAGCUCGAGGCUGCAGUUUGGAUGUUUUAAAAUGGCUUUUGCGAAAUUCAACAAGAUUCUGCGGCUUACUGCUGACAAGAAGAAGAAAGUGAAGCAGUACGAGCACGUUCAUCGCGAUGUGAAUCCGCACGAGCUGUGGGAGAUUAUCGGUGAAUUGGGCGAUGGCGCUUUCGGGAAAGUCUAUAAGGCUCGGAACAAAGAAACGGGUGUGCUGGCUGCGGCUAAAGUGAUCGAAACCAAAAGUGAGGAGGAGCUGGACGACUAUGUGGUGGAGAUCGACAUCUUGGCAUCCUGUAACCAUCCGUACAUCGUCAAACUGCUCGAUGCUUUCUUCUACGACAACAAACUAUCGAUCAUGAUUGAGUUUUGUGCUGGAGGGGCGGUGGACGCCACAAUGUUAGAGUUGGAUCGUCCUCUUGAGGAAGCUCAGAUUCAGGUGGUCUGUAAACAGAUGUUGGAGGCUCUUCAGUAUCUUCACAGCAUGAAGAUCAUUCACAGAGACCUGAAGGCCGGGAACAUUCUCCUCAUGUUGGAUGGAGACAUUAAACUCGCUGAUUUUGGCGUUUCUGCAAAAAACACAAAAACUCUCCAGAGACGAGACUCUUUCAUUGGGACUCCAUACUGGAUGGCUCCUGAGGUUGUGAUGUGUGAGACGAUGAAGGACGCUCCUUACGACUAUAAAGCAGACAUCUGGUCUCUGGGCAUCACACUGAUCGAGCUGGCUCAGAUCGAGCCGCCCCACCACGAGCUCAACCCCAUGAGAGUUCUGCUCAAAAUUGCCAAGGCUGAGCCGCCCUCCCUGGAUCAGCCCAGCAAGUGGUCAAUGAAAUUUAAGGAUUUCCUGAAAACAGCUUUGGAUAAAAACCCUGAGACAAGGCCGACGGCUGCUCAGCUUCUUGAACAUCCCUUCGUGAGCUCUGUGAACACCAACCGUCCUCUGAGAGAGCUGGUGGCUGAAGCUAAAGCCGAGGUGAGAGAGGAGAUCGAGAAUGAGAAUGAAGAAGGAGAAGAUGAUGAUGCGGCGGAUCUCUCGACUGCUCCGUGUAAAGACCCAUCUGAAAUCAGUUUAGAGGGGGACCGUUCACAUGACCUCACUGAAGCCGAGGACGAGCCCAAGACCCCCGUGUCCAGCGAAACCCUGGUGAAAGAGCCAGAGGACGACGUGAGCGAGGAAGAUCAGGACACACCCGAGAGCGAGGCGUCAGGGAAGACCUCCAGCUCUGACUCCGGCAUUGAGGAUGGAAAAAUGACGCCCACCUCUGAAGAAGAGCCCAAGCGUCCCGAGAGCUGUGACCCUUCACCUCUCAGAACAGUCGAACCGUCGGGUUCAGAGUGUUCGUCAGAAAGCACAGAGCAACCGCCGGUGACAUCACUGAAAUCUCCAGACGUCAUGAAGCCCGCUCGAGCCCUGGAGCCCACCCGUCACGCUUCCGCCGCCAGCGACAGGUCGUCUUCUGUCAGGAAUGAUGUGGCGGCAUUGAUUCUGGACCUGUCUGGUGACAUGUCGGUCAACAAGGAAGGCGGCAGCCUCACUGUACGGGACUACAAGAAGACGCUGAAACGCACUCGUAAAUUCUUGUUUGAUGGUGUUGAGGUGAGCAUCACCACAUCUAAAGUCAUCAGUGAUGAUGAGAAGAAGGACGAGGAGAUGAGAUUUCUCAGGCGUCAGGAGCUGCGAGAGCUGCGUCUGCUGCAGAAAGAACAACAGCGAGCUCAAGCGCUGCUCAACCUAAAGCUGAAAGAUCAGCGAGAUCAGAUGCAGAGAAGAUUUGACCAGGAGAUGAACGUCAAGAAGAAGUUUUAUGACACCGAGGUGGAGAAUCUGGAGAAACAGCAGAAACAGAGCAUUGAGAAGAUGGAGAUAGAUCACACUGUACGAGUGCGUGAUGAAGGCAAGCGCAUCCGACUGGAGCAGGAGAGAGCUUACAACAAAUUCCUCGACCAGAUGAAACACAAGAAGAAAGAGGUGAAACAAGAGCUGGAGAAACUGCCCCGGACUCAAAGAAAAGACAGUAAGAAGAUCAAAAUGAACAAUUUCCUCCAGAUGAAACAAACAGAGGAGGAGACGUUCCUGGCGGAUCAGAAAGAAUAUCUCGACUCGACUCUAAAGAGAAUCAUUGCUGAAAAUAAACAAGAGAUCUUAGAGACGGAGCGCUCGUGUCUCAACAAGAAACAGCAUCUGAUCAGAGAUCAAGAAGCCACCAUCUGGGAUCUUGAGGAGAAGUGUCUUCAUGAGCGACACCAGCUCCUCAAACAGCAGCUGAAGGAUCAGUACUUUCUUCAGAGACAUCAGCUCCUCAAGAAACACGAGAAGGAGCAGGAACAGAUGCACUGUUAUAACCAGCGUAUGAUCGAGCUCCUGAAGGCCAGACAACAGCAGGAGAAGAGCCGACUGCCCAAGAUCCAGCGUGGCGAGGGAAAAACACGCAUGGCCAUGUUCAAGAAGAGCCUGAGGAUCAACUCCAGCGGCAGUUCAGCAGAAGACCGCGAGAAGAUCAAAGAGUUCUCCAGGCUGGAGGAGAAACGUCAGAAGGCUGAGCGCCUGCACCAGCAGCAGAAACAUGACAAUCAGAUGAGAGAGAUGAUUGGCCAGUGCGACGGGAACGUCAGAGAACUGCAGCAGCUGCAGAAUGAGAAGUGUCACCUGCUGAUCGAGAAUGAGACGCAGCGGCUGAAGUCUCUGGACGAAAAGCACAACCAUCAGAUGAAGGACUGGAGAGAUCAGCUGAAGAGCCGCAAGAAGGUUCUGGAGGAUGAACUGAACCAGAAGAAAAGAGAACAAGAGCUUUUCUUCAGGAUGAGUGAGGAACCAGAGGCUCAGAUCCUCGGCUCACCAACCAAACUCACCAAGUUCCUUCCGUACCCUGAUUCCUCCAGCACAUGAACCACUGCGUCCGCCCGCCCACUCUCUCACAUCCCAACCUGUGAGAAACUAAAGGUUUGAUAGCUGUUAGAAACUCUCUUCCUUCAUGAGGCUUUAAUGCAGUUUAAAGCAUUAAGGAAAUCCGCUCAUGUUGUGAAUCUACUGACACAUCCCUCACAUAAGGUUCAUCCAUGUUGAGUUGCACAUUUAAACAUCUCAUCAUUUAUCAUCAUCAUUUAUUUCACUAACUUCAAUUCUGACAUUUGACUCAUUCGUUUAUAAAGGGUAAGUUGAGGCAUUAGAGUUCAUUUAUGCUUCACUUGAGAUCCAAGAGUCUUCUUGCCUUAGUUCACGUUACUGUUCUUCAAAAUGUAUGUUUGGAGUCAAAUUUGCAUUGCCAAAUAUAUUGUACAAACCCAUAUUCGUAUAUAUAUAUAUUUUUAAGGAAGAUAUUUUUUCUUUAAUCAUUUAAUAUCACUUUACUUUUGUAACAAAAUGUAAUGACCAAUUUCAACCUUGUACAAAUGUUUAAAUGCUCAAAACCGAUUUUACAUUUUAGUUUUAUGUUAUUUUCUAUAAGAUUGCAGUUUUGGUUUUAAUUGGUACAUGAAGUUAUUUUACUUUCUUUCAAAUGAUUUUACACACACAGCAACUAUUUUGCCAGUUUUAUUCUGCGAUGUUGAAUCACAAUGUGAGUUGUAGUCAUAUACUGUAAGCGCAGCGGCACGCGAUCACACCUGCACACAUGCCAAAGUACAAGACUCGAGAGACGUUUAUUUACGUUUUUAAUUGAAUUACCAUGUUUUAACUUUUUUUUUAUAAUUUUGUAUUUUCAAAGCACUGUCACCUAACCAAAGUGCAAUAUGAUGUGUUCCCCCUUGAAACAUUGUGUUCAGGUUUUACCCGUUGUGUUAUUUUAUGAACCGUAUCCAUUCUUCAACAGUUGAAAGAUUUCCACAUGAAGCGUUUUCUGAGUGUUUGGUACGAGAAACUUUCUUUAGUUCCCUUCAAAUGUCUUUGUAUGAAUGUUGAUUUUUGUCUUCAGUUUCCAUCAUUCCAUUGAGUCUUGUAACAUGGUGUAACCAAAGGUUUAGUAUGAAUGUAUCUCCAUGUUGUUCUAUAAAAGUGUAUUUAAUAAAUAAGAUGUUUAUUAAUCA